UAUUUAUUUCUUCUACACAAAAGAAAUGCUAAAUAAAAAAAAGUGUACAUCAACAGAGACAUAACAGGAUACUUAUAGGUUACAUUAACUUAUUGCUAUUAUAUACUAUUGAAACUUUAACAAUGGAAUAUGAAGCAGUUUGCAAAAGUACUGAAUAGGUAUUUUAUAUUUCCCUCAGUUUUGUACUUUCUAAACAAUUCCCUCCAGUCAUCAAGCUCUUUCACCUCCCUUUUGGAGGUCAUCUUCCUACUUCCCCUUGCUACAGUUCAGCCCCAAACAAGUAAUUCCAUUUUCCAUAAUUUUAUUAGCUUCUUUUCUUGUCCUUCAUAAUCUUUAUAAUCUGAUCCAGGAACUUUAACCUCUCGAACUGAUAAGUUUGCUUCCAUGAUUAGAAAUAUCUAACCAAGGAUCUAUGUUUGGUCACAUGUUGAGAAAAGAAAUUUUAAAAAAGAAGCAGCUGGAGACCCAAGGUCCAAAUUCUCCUAAACUCAUACCAGUGCUUUGUCUGUGUGGUGCUCAAAAUUCACUAUUUCUCUUAAGAUAGGAGGAAGGCACCAGCUGUUUUCCCCAAAAAACUCCUCCACACUCCCAAGGACAGGCUUGAAGAGGCUUGAUAUGAUCUGCACAUGGGGAGAAAAGAGUCUACUGACUCAGCAGUGACCAUUAUUCAGUGGUCAUUCCUAUUCCUAUUCAGUGACCACUCAGGGGUUACUUCAUCAUCUUAAAAGUAUAAGCCCUUCACAUAUUUCAUUGGAGUCCUCAGAAGUUUCCAGGGAACUCAUGACUCUACUCAUGGUGAAAUCCCAAUAGAUAAAAUUUUCACAUUUGCUGUUCCCUGAUCUUAUAUGUGUUUCUUAAAAAAAAAAAAAAAAAACCCUGAACCUAUGAUUUCUUUGGGUUAGCAGCUGUUCUACAAUUAAAAAUUAUACUAAGAAAUCAAGCGACUUGCCCACCAUAGAAAAACCAGAAUGUGUCAAGAGUCUGAACUUGAUUAAAAGCAGGUAAGCUAGCCUAUAAAAAGAAUCAGAGCCUUUUAAACAAAACUUCAUCAAGUAGGGCUGGCUGAAGUAAAAGGGAUGGUUUAUUUCUUCAAAGAAGUUCGACUUACUAAAAAAAAAAAAUGAAGAAAUACAACACAAAGAAUAUUGUUAUUUCAAGAAAUGGAAAAUGAUCACAUUGGUCAGAAAACUGAAAAAAGACAUAUUACAUAAGAGUCUGAACUUGAAAUCAGGUAUUUCUGAAUUUGAGUCAAGAUCUCUAUUCAUUGGGUACUUGAAAUAUUGUCAUAAUAAUGAUAAUUAUUAACGUUAUUUUGUUAAAUGAGUUAUUUAAUUUUUAGUGCAUGAUCAUUAUAAAAUAUAACUGAAUUACAUUAUCUUUAAGGUUUAAAUGCUAUAUUUUUCUAGAAGGCAGUCUAGAAGGCUGGGUUUCCAGAUUUACCAGGAUACUACUAGUCCCCCUCUCCCCAAGCCAAAAAAAAAAAAAAAAGUGAUCACCCUAUAAAUAGAAUAUCGGAUAAAUGUUAAAGUACUUCCCAAAGUGGGUUAGCCUAGCCUCUCAUCCUUUUUGCUUUCCGAGGUGGGCUAGCCUUGCCUCUCAUCCUCCCUGAGUAAUGAGUCCCUAAGAAUUCCUGAAGCUCUUCGGGAUGCUAUAAGGUUUGGGCUAUAUGGCUUAUCAAGAGUACGUGAGUUCCAACCAGGGAGUCAUCCACUUACUCUCCCGUUAUCCUUUGUUGUGCUUCCUACCUAGUCCCCCAUCUCUGUCCCUCACAUGCCUAGUGGUACAAAGAGUUAAAAGGCUGGUGUUUGCUGAGAUCACUUCCUGUGCUUCUUUGGGAGGGCUGGCCAAGAGCUCUCCCUUUAAGGAAUGGGAGGGGGGAAAAGAAGGGAAAAGGAGCAAGAGAAGGGGGAGGAGACAGAAUAGGAAAGUGUUGAAUGGAGGGGAAAAAAAGACACUUUUUGCCUUUGUGAAUUUAGUUCCCGGGGUAACACUCUCCCCGCCACUUCAUUCCCACUUGGGGGUCCCCACCCCACCACUGGCUGGAGAAAAAGCAGAAGUAGGGAAAGGUGCGUGCAGGAGCGCCACGAGCCCGGCACAAGGUCAGCGGCAGCCUGGCUCCAAGGUUGAUUUUCUGCUCUUUGUGCCUCUCUUAAGCCGGUAAACUUCCUGAAGCUGGAGAGGGGGGUUCCUUGGCACCUCCUCCCAUUGUGUAUCAUUCAUCAUGUCGGAGACUGAGGUAGAGAAUGGCACGUGUGUGAACUGGCAGAAACGCUGCCUUACCUUGGAGACCCAGCUCUUUCAGUUCCGUCUUCAGGCCAGCAAGAUUCGGAAGCUACUGGCUGACAAGAUGCAGGAACUGGAGCAAAGACUCUUGGAAGCAGAGCACAGAGCAGAAAAUGCAGAAACACAGGUAUGUACAAUGGAGGAGAAGAUCAAACUGGUCAAUGUGAAGAGCAUGGAGCCUGAAGGCAAGUUUCACCAAAAGUACCAGGAGCUGUUGGAGACCAUUCGAGGCAAAGAGGAGAUAAUCAGCCAGCUGCAGGCGCAGGUGGAGAAGCAGAAGCAGCUAAGAGUUCAAGAUGCAAAGACUGUUCAAGAGAAAGCCGCAAAGAUCAAGGAAUGGGUGACCAUGAAGUUAGGAGAGCUCGAGAUGGAGAAUCGGCACCUGAAAAACUACAAUCAGCGCUUAGUAGAGCAAGUGAGGGCACUUCAAGAGGCCUUGGGAGAUCUCUCCAUGGUGCUACCCGGGGAGUUACUGUGGUCCUUUCAGGGAAAGUCAAAGAAUAAUUCUUUGGUUUCAGAGAUAGGUACCCAUCAGGAAGGCCAGAGAAGAAUUAUGGAAGGCAACAUAACUUCCCAGGCUCAGACAGCAGCUGUCUCCUUAUCUUCUUCAGUAACCCAGCAGGACAAAGACCUCAUUCCUAAAGUAAGCAACACAUUGAAAGGUUCUGGGAGAAUCAUUUGCGGAGAAAUCCCAGAGACCAAGGAUCCCCAACUUUCUCCCAGAGAUACUGUGGGGUUACAGAAGUCAGCUUACUUGGGUGAAAUCCUAGGUGGUUUUCAGAGAGGGAUGCCCAUUAAGCUGAGGUUCCCAGCCAAGGAAGGAGUCCUUGGUAGCAGCAUGACCCUGCCAAAGGUUCGGGCUUUCCGUAACCCCCGGGACAGCAUCCAACUUGCCAAGCGGCGUUAUAGCCAGCCCCAGAUGAGAACUGAAUGCUUCAACCACAUGCUGAGCAUUGAAAUUAGUACUCUCCAGACCUCCCAAAUCCAUACCCUUCCCACAAAAGAAACAAACAUUGACCAGAAGAAAAGGAAAGAAUCUGAGAGGAUGGACACAGAAGAGCCCUCUUCUGAUAAGAAAGAAGUCAAAGCCAGCGAGUCAACCUCUAAAUUAGAAGAUGAGCUGGAGAAAUCUAGUACCAGGGAGAUGGAGAUGGGGAACAAGCCUCCUACACCCCCUCUACAUCAGUUCCCAUCCUGGGAGAGUCGGAUUUAUGCUGUGGCCUUAUCUGGCAUGCAGCUGUCUGAGAUGUCUCCUGGAAAUGAUGCUUCUACCUGUGCCUCAAGUUCUAUGUCCUUCACCUCCCCUGGGUCCUUCUCCAAGCUUGUCAACCAGAACUUCCACGUGCCUGUCUACACCACACUGAAGGGGAGAGCGACUCAGAUCAGCACUGUGCCCUUCCUGGAUGAAUCCUCUGGUUCUGAUGAUGACUGCAGCUCUCAGACCAGUUUCCAAACUUCUGUCACUUGCAUGGAGUCCAGGAAAGCCAGUGUACCAGCCAGCCCUCGGGCUAUCAAAAGAGAUGUCUCCAUAUCCUCCCUGAGUUCAGAGAGUGACUAUGCUAUUCCUCCUGAUGCCUAUUCUUUGGACAGUGACUACUCAGAACCUGAAUAUAAAGUUCAACGGACCUCAAUCUAUUCCAUUGAUGGACUUGGAUCCCAUGGGGAAUCUUUAGAGAAAUCAGGCUACCUACUGAAAAUGGAUAGUCGGGUGAAGACAUGGAAAAGACGCUGGUUUGUUCUAAGGCACAGACAAAUCAUGUACUACAAGUCCCCGAGUGAUGUGAUCCAGAAGCCUCAAGGUCAAGUGGAACUGAACUCCCACUGCCACAUUGUCCGGGGAGAAGGCGCGCAGACAUUUCAGCUCAUCUCUGAGAAGAAAACUUAUUACCUGACCGCAGAUUCCCCCAGUUUGCUGGAGGAGUGGAUCCGGGUACUCCAAAGCUUGCUGAAGGUACACGCCAUUGGAUCUCCAGGCCUGCCACAGAGUGGGGCUAAACCCAUUGUGCGAGGCUGGCUGACCAAGGUAAAACAUGGUCAUUCCAAACUGGUCUGGUGUUCUUUGAUUGGAAGAACUUUCUACUACUAUCGAAGCCAUGAGGACAAGUAUCCUCUGGGCUGCUUGCCUAUUCGGGGAGCACUUAUAGAAGAGGUGGACCGUUCCUGUGAUUCAGAUGAAGACUACGAGGGCACUGGAGGAAUGAGAAGGCUUCUCUCUUCCCACUGCACCCUAGUGAUCCACCCACCAGAACACAGUCCCACCUAUCUUCUCAUUGGUUCUAAGCACGAGAAGGACACAUGGCUUUACCACCUCACAGUGGUUGCAGGCAGCAAUAGUGCCACGGUAGGCACUGCCUAUGAGCAGCUCAUUGGAAAAUUGAUGGAUGAAGAGGGGGACCCAGGUUCCCCUUUGUGGAGACACCCCAUGCUGUGCUACAGUAAAGAUGGGCUUUGUACCUCCCUCACCACCCUGCCCUCAGAAGCCCUGCAGACGGAGGCCCUCAAGCUCUUUAAGUCCUGCCAACUGUUCAUCAAUGUACCUGUAGAGGCUGCCUCUGUGGACUACCACGUGUCACUGGCCCAAACAGCCCUGCAGGUGUGCCUGGUUCACCCAGAGCUGCAGAGUGAGCUCUACUGCCAGCUCAUCAAGCAGACCAGCUGCCACCCCCCACGGAGACAUUCAUUCUUGCAGUGCUGGCAACUCCUGGCUCUGUGUGCUCCCCUUUUUCUGCCUCAGCAUCACUUCCUCUGGUACAUCAAACAGCAGCUCCAGCGCCAUGCAGACCCCAGAAGCGAAACUGGCCAAUACGCCACUUACUGCCAGCGAGCUGUGCAGCGGACCCUGGAGGCCGGGGAGCGGGAAGCCAAGCCAUCUCGCCUGGAAGUCGUGUCCAUCCUGCUGCGCAACCCCUACCACCACUCCCUGCCCUUCAGCAUCCCCGUGCACUUUGUCAAUGGGACCUACCAGGUGAUAGGUUUUGAUGGCUCCUUCACGGUGGAUGAGUUCCUCCAUCAGCUGAACCAGGAAAUGGGCAUGAGAAAGGUAUCCCACUCUGGCUUUUCCCUCUUCACAGAUGAUCCUUCUGGCAAGGACUUGGAGCACUACCUACAAGGAAGCAUUAAGAUCUGUGAUGCCAUUUCCAAGUGGGAACAAUCUCUGAGAGAGCUUCAUCCUAGGAAGUCUGAGGGCAGCAACCGGAUUGUGAAGCUGAUUUACAAGAACAGGCUGUAUUUCCGGCAUCAGGUUAAGGGAGAAACAGAGCAGGAGCGGCUUCUGCUUGCCUUCCAGGUCAGCAAUGAGAUCACUGCAGGGAGAUUCCCUGUCAACAAGGAAUUAGCUCUUGAGAUGGCUGCCUUGAUGGCCCAGAUGGAAUAUGGGGAUCUGGAGAAGCCCAACCUUCCUGGUCCAAUGGGAAUAGCUCCGGCCAAGGUUCAACAUCUCCUCCAAUUAGUGCUAGAGAGGUUCUACCCCAAAAGAUAUAAAUGCGGUGCCCCUUCCGAACAGCUGAGGCACUUGGCAGACACACUAGCUUCAAAGUGGACAACGCUGCAAGGCUGCUCCCCAGCUGAGUGCAUCCGUAUCUACUUAACUGUGGCUCGAAAGUGGUCCCUGUUUGGUGCUAAACUCUUUGCUGCUCAGACCACUCAACUUUCUACCAAGGGGAACACUCUGGUGUGGAUUGCUGUGAAUGAAGAUGGUGUCAGUAUCCUAGACCACAACACAAUGCAAGUUCAAGCCACUUAUCCUUAUUCCUUGGUGAUGACAUUUGGUGGAUACCAGGAUGAUUUUAUGAUUGUGAUCAGACCUGUCUCAGAUAAGAGUUCUGGUAAAGGCAACGUUGAGAAGUUAAUCUUCCAGAUGGCACUUCAUAAGAUUGCCGAGUUGACAUUUAUGAUGGCCAGCUAUAUGAACCACUGUUCUACAAUCUCAGCUUCAUCUCCAAAUACACCUCCAAUUCGACACUUCCAAGGAAAGGAUGGAAAACAGUUCCUUGCCUCUGCCUCACAAAACACAAAGGGGCCAACGCUUCUAUGAGCAUCUUUCCUCGUCCUUUCUCCCCUCAUUUUGUGCCUUUAGACUUGGUGACAUCUUGCUGGGUCCCUGCUUCUAUUAUGUGCUAACUCCCAUUCCAUCCCUUAUGCCGGUUUCAAAUUUUCACCCAUUCUAUAGGCACAUGACAAUAUCUAUGCAAUCUACUGUAUGCUGUUUCCCAAAUCUAAAUCCAAAUGACAGAGGCCAAAUAUAAAAUGGCCAGCCUCUGAAUGCAAUUCUACCAGACUUCCAAGAGAGGUCAGGAUUCUAUGCAAACAUCAUCCAAAAUCCAGGACACUGCCCUUGAAAAGAAAAAUAUCUCCUAAAUCAUUCAUAAUUCUCUGCAUUUGGGGUUUGUUAAUGGCAGCCAAUUCUCUCACACAUUCAAUUCAUAUCUGAUGAUACAAGCUAACCUUUCCAGAACUUAUGGCCUACCACCAAGAGCUUUAUUUACAUACUGAUGAGGUAACAGGAGAUGGGAAGAAAGAAUGGAUUUCUUUCCUGUUUCUGGAAAGGAAUACUACUCAUUAUCUCCCAACACUCUAUCCAGACUAAGGAAGGAGAGUUGGAACUGCAGAGAAGGACGAUGGGUACACUUUUACCUCAAUGAAAGGGAAAAGAAACUCAGUCCCUUAAGUAGGAGUGAAUACUUGCAGUGACUUGUGCGACAGUAUAUUGUUUCACAAUGCCGUCCUAACCUUGGUAGGGACUGAGGUUAAUGAGCUAUACUCUAGACUAUAGGCAAACUUCACUGCCUUACACUGUCCCAGGACCCUUACCAGAUUAUCUCCUCUUGUCUGGGUUUAAUCAGUGGACCAAAUGCUUUAAAAAUAAGCAAUCAUUACUAUGCACAAAGAACUAACUGCGCUGAUUUCUUCCUGGUCUUUGAAGGUCCAAAUAAAUACACUAUCUGCUUUUUGGCAGCUUUAUUGAAUUACUAAA